CCCGGGGUGAGGGCGGUGGAGCUCUAGGAGCGUGCGCACGGCCCGCCCCGGGCGCGGGCGGAGGUGAGAAGGAGGGGUGAGCAGAGCGGCCAGUCCGCAGAAGCCGGGAGCCAAGCUGGAGGACGGAUCGUCAGCCGCGAUCCCAGCGGAACCGGUCUGACUUACACCCACGGCGAUCAGCACUCGCUCAGGACUUUGCGGAUCCAGACCCAGGGCUCCAGCGAACCCUGACCCCUCCCAAGAAGGAGAUCAUAAUUUCGGAUUCCCCAGUGGAGGAAAACAAAACACUCUGGUCUUGCUUCCAAUGACGCAAGCGUGAUUGGUUGGUGUCUUCAUGGGCUCCAGAGGUCACAGCACACUGCCGCGGGACUCUCAUGGCCCCUCGGAUGAUUUCUGAGGGGACAUAGGAGGCAUUGCUCUCACCUCCUCUCUCUUCCUGGCAGAGGCAGUUGUGGCCUCCAACCGGCAUCUCCUCCAGGCUCGGGCAUCAACGUGCAUUGUUAAUGCUACCAUUGAGAUCCCCAAUUUCAACUGGCCCCAAUUUGAAUACGUUAAAGUGCCUCUGGCUGACAUGCCUCAUGCCCCCAUUGGAUUGUACUUUGACACCGUGGCUGACAAGAUCCACAGUGUGAGCAGGAAGCAUGGGGCCACCCUGGUGCACUGUGCGGCAGGGGUGAGCCUCGCCACCCUCUGCAUUGCUUACCUGAUGAAAUUCCACAGUGUGUGCCUGCUGGAGGCGUACAACUGGGUGAAAGCCCGGAGGCCUGUCAUCAGGCCCAACGUAGGCUUUUGGAGGCAGCUGAUAGACUACGAGCCGCUCUUCGGGAAGUCGACGGUUAAAAUGGUACAGACACCUUACGGCAUAGUCCCAGACGUUUACGAGAAAGAGUCCCGACACCUGAUGCCUUACUGGGGGAUUAAUGCCACCAAAGUCUGCAUCAGCAGCCCCUUGGGCAGGACCAGGCAUCUGCUACAUCACCGUUUGCUCCCCUCUUCACCUUUCUUUUCAAAUGGUUGACUUUCGGUUCUCCCUGAAGUGUUUUUUACACUGGGUGUUCGUUUAUUUUAAUGGGUGUGGAGGAGGGGGAAACAUAAGGGGAAUGCGUUCACUGCUAGUAACAUUUUUAAAACUAACAUUUUGGAAUAGUGUUUAUGAAAAUCUUUAACUGGCUUUUACUUUUUAAUAAUUUGAACAGUUUAAUGAACUGUUUGGUUAUGCUCCAUUUUGAAUCCCAUGCCUUCUGGCAUCACGACAGGUGCAGGAGGAGCUCAGUGCAAAAAUCACCUUGGGUCCUGGUUAACCCUCUAGAGACAAGCUCUGCCUAAGGCUGCUGACCACCCAAGUGCUUAGAGAAGAUGGAUACCAGCUUCCGUCUCUAUUGGAUUAGCCCUACUCUUUCCUUCCCCUUUAUUAUUUAGUAACUUUGUAAGUCAAAAAACAAAAAAAACAAAACAAAAUUAUUUAGCUGUUAAGUAAUUAUAAUGAAAUCUGCUGCAAAACACCCUCUUGGAAUCAAUGUGCUCCAGGACUAUAUCAACAUUAUUUUUAAUAAACCUAUCUGCUUAACAUAUUAGAAUUUUUACUGAGAAGGAUUUCCGGGUGUGUGUGUGUGUGUGUGUGUGUAUGGAAGAAAGAUGCUCGUCCGUAAUUAUGUUAAAAUAUGGCUCCUGUGACAAUGGUGAACAUCACAUAAAACAGACGUCCCUGCUGAAUCAUGUCAACAUUUCACGUCCUUGCAGAUGGGCAGGUAUUAGCAUUGUUUACAGUGCUGGGACAGUGGAAAACAGCAAAGAGAGUACACUCGAUAAAAGGCAGUGUUCAGUUCUCUUGGUAACUGGAGUGCACCAAAACGGAAUCCUCCGGCAAAGAAACUGGUUUUCCACAAAAGGUGUGCCUUUGCUGACUAUUAACACACACAAUGCCCUAAACCAAACGUUAAUGCAGGAGAUAAGCAAAUAACAAUAGCUUCCCCUGUUGAAACCUGGACAGAGUUUCAACUGCUCCUAGUAAGCCUGACAAUACAACUCACCAGGGACUCGGUGGUUUAAUUAGUUCUCCUUUAUUCCAUUUCCUGAGCAGCCACUGGGCGUUGCCAGGCUGCCCCUUCUUCGUGGACAGCGCAGCCGCUGGGCACAGCACCGCUUCUUUUUUUCUAGCUUCAUUUGGCAGGUAGGUUGUGGCUAGCUUAUCCGUGGAGUAAUUUUCUAGAUUUUUGGUCUGUUUUGUCACGAAUCCAUGAAUAUAAUGCCAGGGGCUGCAUAUUUAUAUAAAUUAUAUUUGUCAGAUUUUACCUGGUCUCUAGUAGGUGGUUUCCAUCCAAAUUCUACCUUUUCUUGUUUCAUACCAUUUGCCCACUUUUAUAAACAUGCAUCAUUACUGUCUAAAUA